AUGGAAACUGUAGGCGGAGAGGUCAGACAAACUGUUGGAGGAUCUACAUCUGGUUCCAGGAAGAAGAGAAGAAACCGUUCUGGCAGCCCCAAGAAUAAAAACAAGGACAAGAACAAGGAGAAAAAAAGGUCUCCUGGGGAGACGCCCAGUCGGGGUUCACAGCGUCAAGGCAGCUGCUGUAGCUCCCGCAGCGCAUCAGUGUCAUCGGCACGCAGCAACUCCAGGUCUCCCACCAGAAUCAACUCCAAGCACAAGCCGGAUGGGCAGAAGAUCUCCCCGAGUCACACGAGCCCAGGCACAUGUCACAAUGGCGACCAGAGUCGAAACGGUCGAAGCCGACACAACCACGCGGACGAGGACAAGGCCCAUGAUAAGCAUCGUGUGCCAUCCUCUGGGUCCAAUCUUCACAACUCUGUGCUGAAAGAGCACAAAUUGCACAGCGCCCCAAAUAGGAGCCAGGCAGGACCUGCGUCUGACGCUGUAGGUGUGGACAGCAGACACUCUGUCUCGCAGGUGUCAGGGCGGAGAGGAGACCACAGAGGGCAGAACAAGAGCGGCCACUCUCCGGCUCACAGCAGCGACUCCACACAGUCCCAACACAACCACACCCACAAAGGCCGGGCAUCCCGCCACCACAAGAGAACAAAAGGAGCUCACUCUUCCAAGAAACACCACCAUCCUGUGCGGGGCACACACCACAGUCACUCUCCGUCCCCGGGACGCCACUCGUCUGGUAAAAAGAGGGGGGAGUCCAGAGGACAGAGCCUCCGUCAGAGGAGCAGCUCCUGGAGCAGUGGCCGCUCCUCCUCCCGCUCAGCCUCCAGGGACAGAGGGCCCAGUAAAACCAAGUCUCCCCACAGACAGAACAACUCCAGGGAGCGUGACAGUGCAAACCACUCAGACACAGACAGCAGAGCGCGCCGCCGCUCCAGAAGCUACUCCCCCAUACGCAAAAGAAGAAGAGACUCUCCCAGCUUCAUGGAGGCUCGCAGGAUCACCAGUGCUCGAAAGAGGCCCAUCCCGUACUAUCGGCCCAGUCCGUCUUCAUCCAGUUCUGGCAGCAGCCCGUCCAGCCGCAGCCGCAGCCGGAGUUACAGCAGCCGCAGCCGCAGCUGGAGCCGCAGCCGCAGUCGCAGCCGCACACACCACAGCUACUACAGCAGCGACGACAGCCCGGGCUUUUGA